UGAUGUCAGUAGCGUCCUCGCCAAAGACAAAUGGCAGUUCUGUACCAUGGGUUUUUGUGUUUACAGAUAAAUAUAUUAUUACUACUUCAAAAAAAUAUAAAUAAUUCCAAUUAAUAUGGAAGAUGAAGUUUCAUUUCUAGAGAAGUACAUCAUCGAUGACCACAUCCUUAUAAGCUUAUACUCAGAUAACAUUUUUGAAGGAGAUAUAUCCGAUCUUGGAACCAACAGAAUUGAUUUAACAAAUGUGAAAGAACAUAAUAAUGCAAAUAUCUUAAAUGGAAUAUAUUCGUUUUACCGAAAUGAAAUAAAAUCAAUACAAAUAUUUAAGGACCAAGUGAACCAAAAACCAGAUAUUUCACAACAAAUUGUCCUAGAGAAGGAUUCAACUAAACUAUUAAUAACAAAGGAUGAAUACGAUAGACUAAGGACAAUGUCCAGAAACUUUAUAUACAUAGAUAAACCCGACUGGCGCUACUUUGAAGCAAUGGAAUUACUGACCCGAGCAGAAACAUUGGGUGUCAUAGGACUUGGUGUGGAAAAAAGAAGGACAGGUUCAAUAAAAUUACUUACAGUGAGUGUAUGGGACAAGAUAUAUAUAUUUGAUUUUCUAAAUAAACAAGAUUAUUUCUACCCCGAAUUGAAAAUGAUUUUAGAAUCUGAGUAUAUAUGUAAAGUAAUACAUGAAGCUGGACCAUUCUUAGAUGUUUUAUAUAGGAAAUACAAUGUUUUGGUGAGAAAUGUAUUUGACACACAGAUUGUGGAUCUGAUUAUUAAGAAGAAAGAAACUGGAAGUGUACCUCUUCCAAUAAGAGAUUUGUCUGAUCUAUUAACUGAUUAUCUGAACUUUCCUUCUGGUUAUUUACGAAAAGCAUUAGAAACCAGGAUUUCCGAAUGGGCUGAGAGACCUCUUAGUGAUAUACAUAAAGGUUAUGCCUCUCAAUUAGUUACCUAUUUACUUGUAAUUAGAGAAAAUAUGCAAAGGACUUUAUUAUCAGAAGUUUUUGCUGCAAUUAAUAAUAUUCAUAAUACAUAUUAUUAUAUGAACAGUUACAAGUUUUCAAGUAUUUGGAAUUCAAAACAAAUAUCAAAGGAAAUACAGGAACUCAUUCCUGAUAUUGUAAACUUUUCUAUCAAAUGAUACUGUUUUAUAUAAUGAUUCUAUCAAUCAUUGUAAUUUAUAACUGUAAGUUUCUAAAAUUUUAUUAGGAUUACAUUAUUGGGAUUAAAUAAUGCAAUACUUAGUGAAGAAUAAUGUUUUUAUGUAAAUUAAUAAUAAAAAAGUUUUGAAAUUACCUACAUUUUUUAAAGAAUAAAUGAAAGAAUAUAAAUUUAUAUUAAAAUCGAAGUGUUUAUAGAGACAAAAAUAUAAAAUUCAAUUUUUCUUUGUUUUUCUAUCAUAAUUAUGUCUCGCACUCCUCAGACAAGUCAAUCCUGGUUUAAUACUGCUUUAUGAGGACUAUAACAACAAAAUGUUUUGCUUUAUCAACAAAAAACAGAAUAGCUCAAUCACCUCAGGUGAUAAAUAUCAAGUAAAUACCUUAGUGAGACAGUAACAUAGACAGAAGGAAGCCGAUAACUGUAGCUGUUAAUAGAAUUUAAAAAAUAUAUAGUUUGGUGGGGAAGGUAGGAAUGUGUGUGUGUGUGGAGUAAACUGUAGUACCCUAUGGGUUAAUCGAGAAGAAAUACUAAGUUUUGUUUAAACAUUUAUUAAACUAUAAAUGCGAACAAUUAAAUUAUGACAAACCCUUAAAUAAAAAAAUAUGUCGAAAAAAUCAAUUCAUUGAUUAGGUGUUUCCAAUUUUUCCAAUUUUUUCAUUUGUACAUAGAGUAAUUUUCCGAGAUAUCCGAAUUUUCUUGGAUAUGAAGCUGUUCCAUCAUUCGCAUCUCUUUUUUUCAGUAAAAUGGGAGCUACUAGACUUAUUAUAAGCUGUUUAACUUUUUUUGCCUCUUGAGCAUAUUGAUUAUAUUGAGCAAAUCGUAGAGAAAUGGUAUCCUGCUUUUUCACCAUUUUUCCUAUGUUAUAAAUGUGAGGAAGUAUGAAUUUUUCUAUUUCCACUUCCCCAAAAAUUCCUAUACCUUUAAUGGCUCCAUAUAAUGUUGAUAGAGAGUGACUUCCACAGUCUUUUAAUAUUUUUAAGAAAAUAUUAAUGACCAUUGGCUUAACAUAUUCUUCUGAUUUGCUGUACUUGUCAUAAAUGCUUUUAAGUACCAUUAGAGAAAAAUUUCGUACAAACCAGUGAUUUUCAUACCUGCAUUCAGUAACUUUGUUGGAAAUAAUAGAGGUAACAAUUGCUGGAAUUAAUCGGUGCAGGUAGUCAGCUAUAUUUACAUGUUGAUUCGUUACAAGAUGUUUAAUCACUCUUAAUGUGCGUACAGUGCAAUCCAUAGUUGGCAUCUCCAUGUUCAAAUGUAUAAAAUCUAUUACAGCAGCACAUAAAUAUGGUACUAACGAUUCGAUGUGUUUAUUUUCGCUUAAUAAAUGAAAUGCCCUCUCUCGUUCUUCAUCAUCUGGGCCAUAAAUACAGUCUAAGAUCUUUUCAAAAAAUUCUUUCUCAGUCGGAUUAAGUGUGAAAAGUAAAUCUGGCGAUUCGGGGGAUACGGUCAAUUUACUAAGUAAAUGUUCUUUUUCCAAGUCUUCUUCCUCCAUUGGAAAUUUCUUUUUAAACACUCUCUGUUCACCGAUUUUUAAUUGAAAAUGUCAACAAUGACAUCGAUAUUCUUUUGGAAAAUGAUAAAUAAAUCAUUCACAGCACACUUGAAAGUUCUUUACAAACACGGUAUCUUAGUAUACAUGUAAUAAUAAAUAUAAGAAAUGUAUUGAAGCUCUUAUUCAGUAAACAUUACAGUCCUAUAACGUUACAAAAUAGAAAUCCAUUUUUUAAAAUUAUCUCUCAAUGGAAAAUGGAGAAACUUAUGCAAUCGAUUAAGAUUUAUUCGUAUAAUGAAAUUAUUACUGUGUUAUUAAUCCAAAACGGUGUUUUGAAAAUUUUUUUACUCUAUUAGUAGGGGUACUUGGUUGGCGGUACAUCGGAGAUGUGGGUAUAGUAGGAAGUUUCUUUGAUCAUGACAAGUCGAAAGAAACGCUAUUAAAAGUUUUGCAUAGUUCGUUUCUAUUGGUUAUUGGUCUGCACGUGAUCGCGCCAUUUUAACAGCUGUUCCCACUCCAUAAACAAAAUACCAAAACGAGCUGUUGAUAGUUACAAAUAGUGAGAAAUUAGACAGUAAUUGUUUCUUGAACCCAAGUAUGUAUUACGGUGAUUAAUGUUAGUAUUUAAUUUCAGUCUCAAAUUGAACCCUGCACAUGCGCAUUCACGCGUAUUCCACGUGAGACUGAAAUCCUAUGUAUUUGCUUUUUAGUAUACAAAAUAACAAAACAAAACUUCUGGAAUUUUGAGAAAAAGAGAUAUGAACAAAAGACUAUUGGGAAUGAAGAAAAAAUAGCCGUGUGUCUGAGGUAUGUUUCAAAAAGUGAAUAUUCAUAACAAUAUUUUUUAAUAAUUGGUAUUUGGUGAAUGUGAACAAACUCUUAUGAAGAGAAAAUAUUUUCGAGCAUUUUCUUUGACUCAAUGAGAAGAAUUCAGGGGAUUUUUGCGUUAUAGCACAAGAAAGUAUAGUGGUAGACUGGAAGUUUUUUGAACUAGCGUAUUGUCUCUUGUUUUUUUUUUCGUUUUCAUAAAAGCUUCGUAAUCAAUUCAUCCUUUUUUAGCUCUCCUAAUAUUAAAAUUUGGGUAUAAUUGGUUUUUUAAAAUUUUUAUUUGCCAAAACUUUUUGUGUCAACUCUUUGAGAUAUUAAACUAUCUUCACUCUUCUUCACUGACUUUCAAGGAGUAUUUUCGAACAUCCAACUGAAUUAUGAUUUUCCAUAUGAGGUUUCAGAAAGUCCAUUUGGUUCUAAUAGGUCUAUUGCCUAUUCUGUAUUGCCAGUUGCACGCUUUUUGUGGCCUUCAAGAUUUUCUCUAAUACUCUUUUAGUUUUCGCCAUUAUUUUUUAGUUGUCUUUGUUGUAAUAAAAACAUUUAUAUUAUCAUUUUAUAACUGGAAACGUUGGUUCCAUGGCGUAGGUUUUGCGAUGGUAAUAUUUUCGAAAAUAUCUUGUUAGGAAAAAUGCCAAACUACUAGGUACCAGAGAAAAUAUUGAUAUCACUCGUAGCUUUUUAAGGGAAAGGGACUGGCAAUUAUCAAAGGUCAAUUACUCCAAGCAAAACAAAAACACAUAAAUUAGAUUUUGAGUAUAUAAAAGAUUCUUUGAAUACAAAUUGGAUACCUUGGAUAGAAUAAUAUUGUCCACAAUUGUGCUUCAUAAUUGUCUGAUAAAUCACAAUUUUUUGAAUGCCAGUUUUUAGAAUUUCAGUUGUUUAUCACAAAAUCGAGGUAGGAGUUUUAUUGGGUUUCUAUUAGACAAAAUUUUAUCAUGUUUCAAUUCUAUCAGUAGAUUUUUUAUUAACGUCGACAUAAAAGGGAAGAAUAUGUAAUUAAGUUGUUAUUAAAUUUAUUGAAUUUAAAAUUUAGUUACUACCACUAAGUUUAAGUAUUACAAAUAGAAUCACUUACCAUUAGUAUGGCUGUUUUCUUCCAGAAAUAAUCCUUGAUUUGCUAUUACAUAAUCUUCUCGAGUAUAAUCAUACUAAUUUUCAAAAGUUUGUCGAUUUUCUUGAAAAAUUAAUGUUUCCCAAGUACCCAUGAAGAUAAUUUGCCAUCACAACUCUAUACCAAACUCAACAGGUUGGAUCUAAGCCUAAAGCUGGUCAACAUGGACUCACAGACAGCACGGGUUUUGACUAUUUUGUAAAACCUAGCUGCAGAU